CAUUCAGCCUAGCCUUUCACAGGCAACUAAACAGUAACGAGGAUAUUACCCCACAGAACAUCCAGAUUACAUCGCAAAACCAACACGCGAAAACCUGCUGGGUACAUUUCAAAUUACCCCGGCUAUGGUACUUGCAAAAUUGGGAAGGUUGGCUUCGGGAAAGUCUUCAGGUUGUGAUGACAUCAGACCAUCUGUCCUGAAGCAGUGUUCAGAAAGUCUCUGCCAACCCCUAAGUGAUCUGUUCCAACACUCCCUUGAUGUAGGGAAACUUCCAUGUGAAUGGAAACGAGCAAUCCUAUCCCCUAUCUUCAAGGGUGGUGACCGGCAGAAUGCGACCAGUUACAGACCAGUUGCUCUACUUCCAGUGAUAUCGAAGAUAUUGGAAAGUCUCAUUGACGACCACAUGAGAAAAUACUUCGAUGGGACUAACCUUCUUCACGAAGCACAGCACGGUUUCAGGAGGGGAAGAUCCUGCGUGACGAAUCUUCUACUAGCUUGGAACGAUUGGACACUAUCCUGGGACAAAAAGGUACCAGCCCACGUGAUCUUUCUCGACUUUGCGAAAGCAUUCGACACAGUUCACCAUGGUCUGCUCCUUCACAAAAUAAGCAAGGCGGGUGUUUCUGGAGCACUUCUCGCAUGGCUGAAAGAUUACUUAGGCGAGAGAGAAUUCUGCACCAAAGUCAACCGCAUCCGAUCAUCCUGGCACACCUCGGCAUCAGGGGUUCCUCAGGGUUCUAUCCUAGGGCCGUUGAUGUUUUUGAUUUUUAUCAACGACCUGCCCUCCCAACUAAACUGCUCUGCGCUUCUUUACGCUGACGACGUAAAGAUUUGGAGAGCAAUAAACUCAUCGGAAGACUCAGAUAGAUUGCAGGCUGACCUGCAAACUCUGGGAAACUGGGCUCUGGCUAACGGAAUGCCUUUCAACCUAAAGAAGUGCAAAGUAGUGCAACUUCAUUCGGGCAGGUCACAGAGUGUAAAUUACACCCUUGGUGGCCAGAACUUGAGUUGUGUUCAAUCAGAGCGAGAUCUAGGUCUUAUUCUAACAGAAAAGCUAGACACCAGUGGAAAUUACUCGAGGGACGUCGCCAAAGCCUACGCAACUUUACACUUUAUGCAUAGGCAGCUGGGAGCUCUCACUCCCGAACUGUUCUUAAGGUUAUAUAAGGCAUAUGUGAGGCCACACCUUGAGGUGCAUAAUAUCAUUGCACCUCCGCUACUCAAAAGGGAUGCUAACAUUCUAGAAAGUGUCCAGAGACGAGCGACAAAAUGGGUGAUCGGCCUCCGCAACAAAUCAUAUGAGGAAAGACUAAAGAAAUUAGGUCUUUUCACACUUAGUUACCGUAGGCACAGGGGAGACCUCAUCACCGUCUACAAGAUCCUAAAUGACCAGGCCCACCCAAAUAAAAGCAUCCUGCCAUUAAGUGAUUAUAGGCUUCCACGAGGUAACCCGCUAAGGAUAGCACACCAGAGACCAAAGACUCGAGUGCGAUCACAUUUCUUUUCGCUUCGUGUUUGCCGUCUCUGGAACGCUUUACCGGCGGCCGUGACUACAGCGCCAUCUGUGGAGAUUUUUAAGCGGAAGCUAGACAAUCAUGCAGAAAUGCAAGGUUUGUGUCUCAAUGGCUUAUCCUCAUAAAACUUGAAACCACACUGUCAAUGAUAAGCGUACAAACUAAAUCCCCACGACCUAUUCUGCCUUCUCUCACUCUAUCUUUUCCUUAGGUCACCUUUAUUAUUCCACUUAUCUCAACCUAUAUUAUCUACACUACAACCUAUUAUUUUUAUUCUUAUUAUUAUUACUACUAUUCUGCUUUUAUGACUACACCGAAUGACCAACGGGAGUUAGGUCAAACUCCAUUCACGGCAGCAAUACAGUCCUAACAUACUGCAUACUACAAACCACAUCUCGACCAAUCCCCGCACCACUCCUCCUGGAGUCUACCAGAGCUAAAGCAGUCGAGUGGCGGGACUUACUACGCAGAAGCUCACCGAAGAUCUGGAACCUCUACCUCACAAUCAAGAAGCGAGCUCAAAGAAAUCACUGGUUUAUACUAGCUCGUAAUCAAGAUAUUGGAUUGGAUUAGAUAAAUGAAACUUCUCAGAAGAAAUUAAAUUUAAUAGAGGAAAUUUUUGAGGGAAAAACACGUAAAAAGCUUGAAUUCUUGUUAAUAUUGUUGGGGAUACUGGAGUUUCAAUAAUGAAUAUUGAACACGAAGGUAUUUGAGGGUAUCUAAGAUGUUUCAUUUAGCUGCUAGGUCACUUCCAUUUUUCUCCAAUACUCUUAGUUAUAGAGCAACUUCUGCUCUGUCUACUAAAUUUAAAUCGCUGUACAGUGUUUUCGAACUACGCAAAGAUGCUACUCAUCAAGAGAUCAAGGAGGCUUUCUACCGACUGUCAAAAUUAUAUCAUCCUGAUGUCACCGAUGACCCAAAUGCUAGGGGAAAGUUUCACGAGUUAAUGAGAGCAUAUGAAGUUUUGGGUAAUCCGAUUAAAAGAAAUGAGUAUGAUCGGGGCCUAGUUCACCCAAGAAGUGACAGAAUAGACACUGAUUUUGAACAAUACUCUAUUGAUUCUAUUAGAGACAGUAGCAAAGAUAAUUUCAAAUCAUUCUACGUCAAGCAGCAUAAUCGAAUCUUGAAUGAAUCUUGGGAGAGGCAGUCUGAUAGAGAAUUAAUAAUGACCGCAAAGGAAUUGAAAGAGGAUCAGAAGUUGGUAGUCACGGUGCUACUUGGGACAAUCGUCUGUGGUAUUUUCUUCAGUUAUCUGUAUUCCAAAUUCACAGAGGAGCCCAUUGAAUUUGUUAAAGAAAAGUAGUUGGAACAAAACUACAUAUGCUAUAGAGCAGGUAGUUAGUUUUAUACACCAAAUCUCAUCUGAGUUGUACAAGCUUAAUAAAUUCUUUCGAAUAACUUGUAAGUUGGAACUUACAGAUCUUAAAGUCAGUGAGUAUCCAUGUGUUACAGUCGAACAAAGUGUGAUAUGAAACAAUCAUUUCAUGAAAAAGUGUUUCUUAAAUAACAAACCAAUUCGUCUUUUUAUUUCUGUCUUAUUAUUCCGGCAGAUUGGACUGGUUUCUGGAAGUCAUUUAGGAAUUUAUAGGCUUCGUUACUCUGGUUAAACUGGUUUCAUCUAGCUCUUAACUUUAAGGUAAAAGUAUAAGAACUGUUUCAACUGCUUUCCAGAAUAUGUAUGUGCUUUUUUAUCUCCAGUUGAAUCAAAUAUUAGUGAAGACAUGAUACUUUGAUUGGACACUAAUUAGUAACUAGUGUGAUGUGUGUGGUUCUUUCUUUGGUGCAGACUGCAUUCUAUCAGUCAAGUUUGCGAU